AUGUCAAUAUCUGGUGAGGCAGAAAGCUUGGAGCCACGAUUGGAUUUAUUACCGCUUCCACCGUUCGACCCUGUGUCCGACCCGACGUCCAUAAGCCAACGAUGGCAGCAAUGGAAACGCCGUUUCGAAACAUAUUUACUUGCCGUAAAAAUAACUGAUGAUGCUCAGAAACGUGCCUUACUAUUGUACCAAGCAGGUGCCGCCACUCAAGAAAUUUUCGAUUCCCUCCCAGUUGAGCAAGAUGAAGCUGCAGAUUGCAAGACAGCGUUGGCGAAACUUGACACUUACUUUGCCCCGCUGUUGCCAACACCGCAGAAAAAUGUCGACUUUGAAAUUUUUCAAUUUCGCCAAGCCAAACAGAAGAUUGGAGAAACUACUGAUCAAUUUGCUACACGACUUCGCAAACUUGCUACAAAUUGUGAAUUGACAGAUUUAGAUAAGGGACUUGAAUCUGCGAUUAUACAAAACUGCUCGUCUAAGCAACUCAGAAGGCUUGUUUUGCGGGAAGAGAAGCAUACACUUGCCGUGUUGUUAUCAAAAGCACGUAUUCUGGAAGCCAGCGAUACACAAGCUAAAGAUAUAGAAGAAAGUCUCAUGCAAGUGGAAACUGCUCAGCUGGUUCGUAAGCCUCAGCUGCAAACCUGUUUCAACUGUGGUUUUUCAUGGCCUCACCGUACUUCCCCUUGCCCCGCCAAGACACAAAGUUGUCGCAAAUGUGGGCGUGUUGGACAUUUUGCUAAAGUCUGUAAAAGCCGCGCGAAACAACCGCGUGCCGUUAACGACCCGCCUAUGCAAGACCACAAGAAAGGAGGUCAUAAAUUCACAAAUCAAAAAGGAAAAAUACAUCAUGUACAUUGA